GGGGCUCGCGCCGUCCCGCGCCUGCUCCCGCCCCGUGCUUGCGCAGCGCGUCACUCCGUCACCCUCGCUAGUGCUCGGGCGGAGCGUCCACAUUGGGCCCACAAGUUGGUGCCCCAGACAUCUCUUCAUCCUCCCCACCAAACCCUACGACCGUCCUGCAGUCCCGGGCGCGGCUCAGUUGUUUACAGUGCACAAUGGGUGAGGUAGUGAAAUACAAUGACGACGAACACAAAAAUGCAUUCCUGAAAACACUGAACGAGCAAAGAUUAGAAGGAGAAUUCUGUGACAUAGCCAUCGUGGUGGAAGAUGUUAAAUUCCGAGCCCACAGAUGUGUAUUGGCAGCAUGUAGCACUUACUUCAAGAAAUUGUUUAAAAAACUAGAGGUUGAUAGUUCCUCAGUGAUUGAGAUUGAUUUUUUGCGUUCUGAUAUAUUUGAAGAAGUACUGAAUUAUAUGUACACCUCCAAAAUCUCUGUGAAGAGAGAAGAUGUGAAUUUGAUGAUGUCUUCUGGACAAAUCCUUGGAAUCAAAUUUUUAGAUAAAUUAUGUAUUCAGAAGCGUGAUGUAUCCCCUCAACAGAAUGCAGCUCGUCGAAAAAGUCGAUACCCCUACAGUAUAAGUGCUAAGAUCCAUCGGCCCUCAGUAAAUAGCACAGACGAAGAGAUAGAAGAAAUUGGAGAUCAGCUUGAAGGACAAUCAGAGGAGGCAGUAGAAGAAACUGUACCUAAUCCUGAUGAUGGAAAGACCCAAGCAAAUGGCCUGCGUGUUCAAGAAGCUAUUUUGAAGGAACUUGGAAGUGAGGAAGUUCGUAAAGUCAAUUGCUUUGGUUCUGAAGUGGAAACCAUGGAAUCAACUGAACCCAAGGAUGUGGCUCCUCAACCUCCUCCAACUCUUGCUUUCAAUGAUAGCAUGAGUGGAGUCAAGGAAGAACAAGCACCAGGCUGGACAGCAAACACUGAUGUGAAAUUUGAAUAUUUGUUGUAUGGUGACAGGGAUCAGUUCAGUUGUCAGUCCUGUGGCAAGACUUUCACUGAUGAAACACGUUUGAGGAAACAUGAGAAGUUGCAUUCUGCUGAUCGACCGUUUGUGUGUGACAUCUGCUCAAAGGCUUUUACCACGCAAGCUCACUUGAAAGAACAUCUCAAAAUUCACACAGGUUUCAAACCUUAUGGGUGUGAUGUGUGUGGAAAAUCUUUCAUUCGAGCUCCUGACUUAAAAAAACAUGAACGAGUCCACAGUAACGAAAGACCCUUUGCAUGCCACAUGUGUGACAAAGCUUUUAAGCACAAGUCUCAUCUGAAAGACCAUGAACGGAGGCAUCGUGGUGAGAAGCCAUUUGUUUGUGGUUCCUGUACUAAAGCUUUUGCUAAAGCUUCUGAUCUAAAGAGACAUGAAAAUAAUAUGCACAGUGAACGCAAACAGGUACCCACAAGUGUGAUUGCCAGUGAGACAGAGCAAUUGCAAGCUGCAGCAAUGGCAGCUGAAACUGAGCAAAACCUGGAAAGUAUAGCGUGUAGUUAAUUAAUUUAAUCUUGAUGUCUCCAUUUCUUGUAUGUUUCUGAAUAACAUAGAUGACUGCAUUAGUAAAUGUGAUUCUUGUAUAUUUUUCUGUUAAAUUCUGUUCCUUUUUACAAUUUGUAUGAAGAAUGCUAUUUUUUCUGUCUUCAGUGUACAUAAUUAAUAUAUUUAGUAUAAAUUGUUGCACUGUAUAAGGAUUUUUUUAGUCGGGUUGGCCACUUGGGACAACAGAAUAAAUUACGUAAUUGAAUAUUUCAAGUGUCAUUAAUGCCUUAAUCCAUGUAUGGUGCAGUAAUAGAAAUAUUUUGAAUGGUGUAUUGCAGUUUUAAUUUGUUUUAGUAAAGUUGCUUUUAAUGUUUUGGUCUGCCGUCGCAGUCUAUUUGACUAUAUUCUAGUAAGAAAUGAAUCAUUAGGAUUAAGAUUCUUCAGGGUUAGGAUUUAAGCAUGUGGUAUUUUUUAUUAUUCAUUGUACAUUUGCCUAUAGAAAUGUCGCUAAUUUGGUGAGAGGAAUUUUAUGCUUGAAUUUUAAGCAUUCUUAAAAUAAAAGAAUAACCCUUAUUGUUUAUUUUUUGUAACACUGUGUAUUUUUUUCCAAGCUCCUUUAAGAAUAUCGAAAGCAACUUGCUUAUAUCCUUUAACACUUCAUCUUGCUUCAUACCAGCAAGUGGUACAAGAGGCAUUUGUUGUAUAUGCAGGUUCCUUUGUACUGCAUAUUCUGUAUAUAAAAAAAAAUUGUUUUUAGAGAUUGAAGCUUGAGUUCUGGAACAAGAUAAAUGGCAACAGAAUUUGACAUCAGCAAGAUAGUUCAGCAAUUGAGGAAUUCAGUACAACACUGUUGUUCUUAACACUUUUGUUAGUACUUAUAUUUAAAAAAAACUCUUUAAGGGAGCUGUCUGCUGAUACAUGUCCUAAUUCUUAAACUAAAAUAUUUGAUAUUUGCCUGUAAAUACUUUUUAAUUAAAAUCAAAUAAUUGUAAUGUUAACUGGUAGUUAUAAAUUUAGAUUAAAUUGUCUUGUACAAUUCAGAGUUUAGUAAAUAUGAUUAAAAUGUUCAUGCAUAAAUCAAAUGAUUAUAUCAGUGUUUAAAGCCCAAUCCAUGGCAGUGCACUGUGUUCAUGUGUCAAACCUUUGCAAUGUGAUGUAAGCAUUGUGCUUGCAUUUGAAAUAGAUAUCACAGUCUGGAUAAAUGUUUGGUGAUCAGCCCAAUGUACCAACAAUGUUGAGUUAGGUAAUUUAAUCAUAUUUUAUUCUGUUUUGUCACUGGUUUGAACAAUGUUAGACUAACGUUAGCUUACUUUCCUCAGAAAAUUUACUUUUACCUGUCAAAAGUUUUUGAAAUUAAAAUAUAAGCAUUUUGUAAUCUGGA